GUACUGGACAUAAGAGAUAUAAUUCAUGUGAUAGGUUGGGUCGUGAUGACUUCAUUCCUCUGCUAUAAAGGACAGCGGCUCAUCGAUGAGGGUGAAGCAUUAUGUGAAGAUAUAUAUUCUGUGGAAUGGUAUUCAAUGUCUAGAAGUUUCCAACUAGAUGUUAUGAUGAUCCUUCACAGAACCCAAACACCUAUCAGAAGUUAUGCCGGUGUAUUUUAUGGCCAUUCUUACUCCUACGAAUUAUUGAUGUUUAUGGUUCAGGCCUCCUACUCAUACACAACUGUGAUAACUCAGCUACAGUAGCGG